GGCUCGCAGUGAGUCUCGUUGACACCGCCGGUUGCAUUCGCCUUUCAUCACCAUGGCUGAGCUUGAGGACGAGGAGGUCGCCGCGCCGGAGGUGGAGAAGGAGGAGGACGUCACCGACCUCAACGGAGCCGUUCGAGGUGUCCUGAAGCAGGCGCUGAAGGUGGACGGGGUGAUCCGCGGCCUGCACGAGGUCGCCAAGAACGUGGAAGCCGCGCAGGCGCAGGUGGUCUUCCUGGCUGAGUCCUGCAACGAGGCCACCUACAAGAAGCUGAUCCAGGGCCUUUGUCUCGAGAAGAACGUGCCCCUCAUCGAUGUGCCAGACAACAAGAGCCUUGGUGAAUGGGCUGGACUCUGCAAGAUCGACAAGGACGGACUGCCCCGCAAGGUGGUGGGUGCGAGCUGCGUGGCAGUGACCGACUUCGGCGAGGAGGGCCAGGCUUACGGCUUCAUGAUGAAGCACUUGGGCAAGUGAAGUCUGCAAGAUGACGCGUGACAGAGCCAGGGCCUACGGAGA